AUGAAGUCGGCCAUUUUCCAGGAACAGAAGCGGCCAACAGAGCCUCGUGGAGCUCGAGUUUUGACCCGCAGAAAAAGACCCAGGUCACAUAGCCCGCUCAAGGCCUCGCCUGCUGGUCCCAAUGGACUCAACUGGAACUUGGACGAGAUGCUCUCGAGCUACACGGCCUCUGGCGCUUUGCCCACGCCACUUUCACCCACAUUACCUCCACAGUACGCACAGAAACGCCCAGCUGAUGACUCCGAGCACGACGAUGAUAGCAUCGAGAGUGACAUUGAUAACUUGCCCAUGUCGUUGCUUCUGCCGACACUACCGCAUAUCUUCGACGGCCGAGAGGGGAAUCGGCAAAGGGAGACGAAAGAUAGAGAGAAGGAGAGAGAUAAGGAUUUGAAAGAGAGAGAUAGGCCUGUCAAGGAGAAGGAUUUGAAGGACAGAGACCAUAAGGAUACGAAGGACAAAGACAGAGAUUUGAAGCAUGUUAAAGAUCUGAGGGAUGACAAAGAGGAAUUGGAGAGGGAGGGUGGUAGGGAUGGAAAAGGUGGAAAAGAUGGAAAAGAUGGAAAAGAUGGAAAAGAUGGAAAAGAAUCAAAGGACGUUAAAGAGACAAAAGAUGUCAAGGAGACAAAAGAUGUUAAGGAACCGAAAGAUGCCAAAGAUAAGGCUCGUACUCCUUUGGCCCAUCCGCUACCCAAAAAACCUCCCACUACAGUAUCUUCAGUGCUAGCAGGUGCAAACUCUCGGAGCAGCAAGGUGCGUUGGGUCAAUCGUGCCAGCAACACCGAGAAACCUCGGUUCUUAUUGCGUUUGACCUUCAAGCUGCUGCUCACAAAAUACAAGAGCAUCUUUCGCCCAAGGUCACCUGUUAAAUUGCAUGGUUUGGGAAUUGAACCCAAAAAGAACCCCGACAUGGAAGAUAGACAAUACUGGCUGAGCAUCGCCAAGGAAACCCAAGAGUACAGCGAGAAGAUACAGAACUCCGAGCCGCUUCUCUCUGUGGUUGUCCAAUUCGACUGGAUCUUGGUGCUCUGCAUUUCCCAUGACUGCGAGGAUAGAUCUCGUGUAUCCGGUCGUAAUUCCUCAGACCGUAAUUGGCACAGCUUGUACAAAGAGAUCUCUCCGUUCAUUGGCCGCAUAGAAAAGUAUAUAAAAGCCAACGACGUGUCCGACAAGCAAAAGUCGUUUCUCUCUUUUCUUGUGGGAAUAUUGGCGGUGGUUAAGGCGUUAGUGCUCAAACGAAUCAAUGCGGUACUACAAUCGUCUAUUGAUGCCUUGUUGGCGAAAGACCAGACAUCUGAGGCUAAAAGCAAGGUGGUUGAUUUGCAGAAGCAGAUCAUUGCAAAUUAUCGCCAAAUGGAAGACCGUUACGCCGAGUCACAAUCAUUUUUUGGUAAUCGUCCAGCUCCAGCUACGAUUUUCCCCAAGAGUUGGGCGAAUCGAAGCGGAAACAUUCCUAGAGUGUCGGAAGAACCCAUGAAUCCGGCUACAGACAAAUACUUUCUUCCGCUUGGCCCGUAUUCGGACCUUCGAGAAGGCUGCGCAUAUCUUUACGGAUGCUUACGAGGUUUUUCAGAAGUUUUUGGAUCCGAAAUCAACGGAGGAGUCAGGUACAACUUCCAAUGUGGGUCCAAAAGGAACUGA